AUGGGAACCGCCGUGUCGAAAAGGAAGAAUCUAAGGAACGAUGCAAUAUCCUCCGUGGCAGCAAAAGUUAGAGCAGCCAGAGCUUUUGGAGAGUACCUGUCUCACGCUCACCCUGAGAACCGCAACGGAUCAGAUCAGCUGCUUUCAGACACUUUCAUUGGCCAGGACUCUGAUUCCCCCAGCAUCAACCGUCUCCAGAACAACAGCCUGCAGCCGCCCACCUGCCCCAGCACACUGGCCCCGCCCGGCGUGGACCCGCCUCCGUCCGGCAAACCCCAGCCCGCCCCCUCUUCGUCCUCCAAUCGGCGCGUGUCCCUGGAGCGCGGCUGCUCGGCAGACAGCGGCCUUCAGCCGGCGCGAGUCUACACCAUCACCGGAGAGAGGGGCAUGCUGGGAGUGCGGGGCAGCGAGGAGAGCCUGGAGCUGGAGGUGCUGAAGGGGGGCCGGGACCAGGGCAAAGCCCCGCCUCCCGCCCCACCCGGAGCCAACCAGCCGCCGCCCUCGCGCGGGCGUCACCGCGGCAACCAUCACCACGGGCAGCAGAACAGUGGCGGCCAGUCCAGAGACCCUCGCCAGUCACAGCCCCUGCAGAGCUCGGGCAGCGCCCACAACAUUCGGGACUGGGGCAGUCGGAGAGGAGGCUCGCGGGAGGACUGCAGUCCGGAGGGCGCCGGAGGCUCCAGGGCGCCCACCCAGAGCCAGCGCUCGCUGGACCUGGAGACCUCGCCCCGCGACACAGGCAAGCAGCGCAAGAAGCUGGAGCGGAUGUACAGCGAGGACCGGGCGGCCAGCGGGGAGAGAGAUGACAACGCAAAUGGCUGGUUCCCCAAAGAGAACAUGUUCAGCUUCCAGACGGCCACCACCACCAUGCAGGCGUGAGUGGCCUUCCGCGGCAUUGCUGAGAGAAAGCGGAGGAAAAGAGAACAGGAAGCGGCAGCGGUCAUGGAGAGAAACUUCCGGAAACACCUGAGAAUGGUUGGGAGCCGGCGGGUCAAAGUUCAAACGUUCGCCGACCGCAGAGCCAAGAGUUUCAGCCGAUCCUGGAGUGACCCCACCCCCAUCAAGCCUGACUCUCUACACAACUCCCGAGACAGUGGGGACCUCCAGGCCUCCUCUGGUACUCUGGACGAGGUGCCUUGUGAGGAUGUAGACUGGGAAGAGGAGAGAGAGCUGGAGCGGGCAGCCUGCGAGGGAGAUGACUUCAUCCCACCCAAAAUCAUGCUGAUCUCUUCCAAGGUCCCGAAGGCAGAGUAUGUGCCGACCAUAAUCCGCCGUGACGAUCCCUCCAUCAUUCCCAUCCUCUAUGACCAUGAGCAUGCCACGUUCGACGAUAUUCUUGAGGAGAUUGAGAAGAAACUGACUGCGUACAGGAAAGGCUGUAAAAUCUGGAGAAUGCUUAUAUUUUGUCAGGGAGGACCAGGUCACUUGUAUCUCCUGAAGAACAAAGUCGCCACAUUUGCUAAAGUUGAAAAGGAGGAAGACAUGAUCAGUUUCUGGAAGAGGCUGAGCAGGUUCAUGAGCGCAUUGAACCCUGAUGCCAACGUCAUCCACAUCAUGGGUUGCUACGUCCUGGGAAAUACCAAUGGAGAGAAGCUGUUUCAGAACCUGAAGAAUCUGAUGAGACCUUACUCCAUUGAAUUCAAAUCUCCUCUGGAACUGUCCGCCCAGGGUAAAGAGAUGAUCGAGAUAUAUUUUGACUUCCGUCUCUUUCGACUGUGGAAAGCCCGCCAGCACUCUAAAAUGCUUGAUUAUGACGACCUUCUGUGACCUUGCCCC